AUGUCAUCGGCACUACUCCGAAGGCGGGCGGGUAGAGUGAACAAAGUGAGUCCCCAACGGGCGAGGUUCGCGCUGCAGGUGGGCGGACCGGUGGAUAAAGUUGCCGCAGCAGAUGCCACCGGUGGGUGCGCGAGACAGGCGACCCAUAACCCGGCCUUCAGCGUCAAUAGCUUGAAGCUCAUAAUAGCACAACCAGAUUCUGACCUCGGUCGCGAAGUGCCACCUCCAGCCCUACCCUACAUCGAUAUCAUCCAUGUGCACGUUUUCCAGCACACGUACUCCUCUCCAGGACAUGACACAAGAAUAACAAAGAUACUCACACUUUGUUCUUGUGUUAGUAGAAGUGAAUUCUCAAUGUUAAUUGGAGGAAGCAAAGUUGCUUGUAGCGCUCUAAGUAGCCUGUCAAAGAACUACAGGAACUAUCUGCAUUUAGUGGCCUUGUUGCCAAUGCGAAAUUUAGUUGUAAAAGUUUUUAGAGCUCAACUGCCACUUACAAAUAUUUUGCUGACAUUGAAUGAUGUUGUUCAACUGGCUGACUUGACCCGGAUGGAAGUUUCAGUUUAUCAAUAUAACCUGCAAGAAGGCGAAAGAGAGAGAAUUGAAAACAUCAGGAGGAAACGUGUUUUAGAGUAUAGUUCUGACACUGGAUUUAAAACUUUUACUUCUAGCAACGACAUAUCAAAAGCAAAUAUGAGGUUAACACAUGCUAUGACAUGUAUUUGUGUGGAUAGAGAAGGAAAUAAUACAUUUUGCGGCAUUAUGAACAUACCCCAUCCAGUUGCCUAUUGCAAAUGCUUGAACAAUAUAUUACGCAAUGGUCUGGAAUUAGUGUGUAGUGAAUCAAUGGCAGAAGCUGCGAAAGAAGUGACUGAGAACAGUAAAGCAUAUAGUAAAGAUCUUAGUGUACCUUGUGAAGGAUGA